CCUUAAUGGGUGCUUUUAAAGCUUUUUAGCAUAAUCUGGGCGUUAGAGGUGACUCUUUUAUUAUACAAAAGUCACAUUAUUACAGACCCACGUCUCUUCUCCAUCUGAAGUUUCGUGAGGUCGUUGAUUGGGGCGUCAGAUGGGCCUAUCACCGACCCGAGAAAACACCUGGAAUUCACACCUUAAAUCCACUCCUCCUGGCCUCCUAUUGGUGGAUCACCCACAUAUAUCCGUCAGGGUGCAUCAGCAGGAGGAUGACAGCGGCCUGCAGCAGAGCCGAAACACCACCACCGUCUGUAAACAUGCAUUUCAGCCGCGACCCCGCUGCCUUCCAGCUCCCCAUGUUCGAGAGCGAGGACUCGGGCUCCGUGGACGGGGAGCAGAUGGCCGAGGUGCGCUCCCCGAGCUCAGGACCCUCCAGCCCGCAAUCCGUGACCUCGGAGUCCAGCUGCACCAGCCCCGAGGCCAAGUCUACAUCAGCGCAGCAGAGAGUCAGGAGGCCCCUGAACGCCUUCAUCAUCUGGACCAAAGAGGAGCGCAGGCGGCUGGCGCAGCUUAACCCAGACCUGGAGAACACGGAUCUCAGCAAAAUACUCGGAAAAACCUGGAAGGCCAUGUCCCUGGUUGAGAAGCGUCCCUACAUGCAGGAGGCAGAGCGUCUGAGAGUGCAGCACACCAUCGACUAUCCCAACUACAAGUACCGGCCCCGCAGGAGGAGGCAGCUGAAGAAGAGCUCCAAACCCAUGCAGGGUGCCGAGGUUCCUCACUCCUCGCUCUGCAGCUCGGGCUUCCCCGUACCUUACAACCUCACCUACCUGCUCCAGAACCAGCAGCAAUCCUACCCGAGCGCGCCUGUGUUCCAAAAUUCCCCGGCUAGCUUCACCCCUCUGCACAGCAGCUACACAAACACUCCAGUAUAUCCAAACACAGCAGCAGCAGACGUUUACACCAAUAAGCCUGUAAUGUACUCAAACCCUCCUGCGUACCCUGCAGAGCCUCAGGGGUAUUUUGGCGCUCAGCACGUGCAGUACGGUUUCUCCGGCGCUGCAGGUCCACAUGUGGAUCAGGGGGAGUCCAGCAGGGUUUACGGGAGCUCGAUAUCCUUUGCAGGACCCUCCCUGGAGUUCUACCUGGAACAGGUUCAGCUGGACAUGCUGUACGAUCUGGACCGCAGCGAGUUCGAACAGUAUCUGGGCCCGAGCCCUCACAGGCCCGAGUCAGUGGAUCCCAGCAGCUACCAUCAGCAGAGCAGCCACAGAGAGGGACGCUCGCUCUCAUAA